CUCCAAAUCAUCAUCCAGCCAAAAAAAAGUCGGUCGACAAUCCAGAAACAACACCCGCCGUUGUGACGACAAAAUCCGCCAAAAUGCCCAACAACCGCGUUACCUACCGCCGCCGCAACCCCUACAACACGUCGUCCAACCGGACACGUCUUAUCAAGACCCCCGGCGGCGACCUCCGUAUCCUUCACAUCAAGAAGCGUGGCACUGCCCCCAAGUGCGGUGACUGUGGCAUCAAGCUCCCGGGUGUCCCUGCUCUGAGGCCCCGCGAGUACGCCCAGAUCUCCAAGCCCAAGAAGACUGUUCAGCGCGCGUACGGUGGCUCAAGAUGCGGUAACUGCGUUCGCGACAGGGUUGUCCGUGCUUUCUUGAUCGAGGAGCAGAAGAUUGUCAAGAAGGUGCUCAAGGAGCAGACCCAGGGCGAGAAGAAGAAAUAGACGGAUUGCCAUGUCUUGUGACGAACGACGACUUUUUUCUACGGCUCCGGGGUGGUUUGGUCUUUAGGCGUGCUUCCUCUUUUUUAUUUUAUUUUCUCUCACAGCAAAGAGAGUGAGGAAAACGGAUGGGAACGGAUCUCUUUAUCGGAACUCGGCUACUGCAACAUUGUUUUGGUGUUCACGUCUUUUUGGGGGAAAUGCAAAACAAAACAAAAAAGGCGUUCUUGUCUGCAUGAUAGAGAAGACCAAAAUCAUCACAGCCGUGCAACCCCUCACAAACAAGGCCAAAUAUGCAGGCCGAAUGUCCAUACUGUCGAGUUUUCGACAGCCUCUGGCUUUUGAGAGAGCUGGAGACUAGUGAACAAUUGAGGGCUUCUUGACACAUUGGUGUCUUGAUGUUUCUACCUGGGAAGAAAAAUAUGAAUGAAGACCGCAAAUGAUUGAAU